AUGGGCCCGCCGCCCACGGCGCGGGGCUGGGGCGCCCAGGCCCGCGCGCUGGCGUUGCUUAGCAGCCGGGCGGAGCAGGAGCAAGUUGUGGCAGUCCAGAAGUCGUCACAGGCCGACGUCCGGCAGGCGGGCGACGAGGGUCAGGCGCUCUCAGAAAAGCGCGACUCCGCGCGCGCGGAACUCCAGAAAGCCUUGCGGGGGCAGCGCGCGGCGCUGGAUAGGCUCCGCGUCAAGUUGGAGCGGCUGGCGCGGGGCGACGCGAGCCUCGCCUCGCACGCGCGGAACCACGCGAGCGACGAGGCGGACGACGAGAUGGGGUUGAAGCGUUUCGACGCUGAUCUCAGUCGCUUCCGCGCGGGCCAGCGGGCCGAGUUCGAGCGGCUCCGCGCGGACGAGCGGGCCGUGUCGCGCGAGUUGGCCAAGGCGGCGGCGCGCUUCGCGGCCUGGGACGGUGACGACCCGGACGGGGUGCCGCCGCCGCCGGCCGCUCCCGGCGACGCGCCGCCGCCGCCGCCGCCGGAUGCGCGUCCAGAAGCGACGCGUGACGUAGCCGGGGAGCUCCGGCGCGUCGACGCGCGCCUCGCCGCCGGCGGGCCGACCGGGGGGUGGCCCGCCGACGAGCACGCAGUCUUCCUCGAGGCCUGGGCGCCGGCGGCGGCGCGCCUCGGCGCCGCGCCCGACGCCGCCGCCGUCGCCGCCGCCGCCGCCGCCGCGCACGCGGCCACGGGCGGCGCGCUGCGGCGGACCGCCGCCGAGGUCGCGGCGCACGCGCGGUGGCACCUGCGUCGCGCGGCGCUGCUCGCCCGCCGGAGGCGCCUCGUCGCCGCCUGGCGCGGCGGCCGCGACGGCGACGCCGCCGAGGUUGUGGCCUGUGUGGAAUCAACCAGUGGCUUAGGUUAUCAUUGCGGAGACCUUCGUGCACCUCCACGCCAUCGAGCAGACGCAAUCCACGGGGACGACGAUGCGUGGGGCGCCUGAAAUAUGAUUUCCACACAGGCCGCGGCCGCGGAGGCCGCCGCGACGGCCGAAGCCGAGGCGGCCGCACGCGCCGCGGACGCCGCGCGCGCCGCCGCCGCCGCGCGCCGCCGCGACGCCGCGCGCGCCCGGGCGCGCGCGUGGCGCGCGGCCAAGGCGCGACGGGCGGACGAGGACCGCGCCGCGGCCGCGCGCGCGGCUUCUGACGCGGCGGUCGCGGCCGAGGCGGCGCGCGCGCGAGCGCGCCGCGCCCGCCGCGCCCGCCUCGACGCGCUCCGCCGCGGGGCUUCCGCCGCGCGCGACGCCGCGGCGGCUGCCGCGCGCCCGCCGCCACCGAGCCCGCGCACCGCGGCGCGCGCCGCCGCCGCGAAGACCGCCGCCGCGGACCGCGCGCGCGCCAACGCCGAGGCGCGCGCCGCCGCGGCGCUCCGCGCGGCCAGGUCGCGCGCUCUGGCGGCCGGGGCGCGCGCGGGGCGCGCUGCGCGCGACGAGGCCCGGCUCAAGGCGCUCGCGGCGCUCACGGCGCCCCGGCUCGCCGCGGCCGCGCCCGUCGCGCGGCCCCGCCGCGCGACCGCCGCCGCCAGAGCGCGCGGCCUCGCGCCCGACGACGUCGACGCGCUGGACGACGACCGGCGCGCCGCCCCCGCGCACGCCCGGGUCGUCGCCGGCGCGGGCCGCGACCUCCUCGCGGGCGGCCGCGCGCCGGCCGCCUGGCGGGGCCGCGCCGGCUAGCGUCAUAUGCACUAAUGUACUCGAUUUGUCCCAUGAUGUCGUUUGUAGAUUCGUUGUCCUGCACUGGCAGACCUCGGGAGGUGGUGUCCGUUCUUCAGGGUGGUCGUGCGAAUGAUGCAGAACCAAAGGAGUACGCACCUCUGGGAGUACGGCGGCUGAGAUAGUCUGCCGGGGAGCUACCUUAAAAUACUAAGUAGUUUUGGUUUUACGGUGUUUAUUACGCGUUGCGUGUUGUGUGUGAAGUAAGUGUAUAUACUCUGAGAUAUAGAAGGGUAUAGGAUAACCAACAAUUUCGCCCUAGUUAUCGUUCCUUGAUUUCGCAGUGCCUUUGCUUGGAGCUCGGCCACACGGGUCCAUUUCUACUACUCGGGGGUCGAGCCCGGGGAGCGGGAGGAGCUCUUCGUUUGAAGGCAGUGGUCCUUCCCUCCUCCUCCUGGGGCCGCGAUUAACCCUACUAGGGUAAAUAAUAAUGAAAUAAUUAAAUCGAUUAGGUCUCCCCUAAUCUACGAGUAUCGUCGUCGUCCUCGAGGCACGCGAGGUACGCGGCGAGCGCCUCCCGGUCGCGCGCCUUGAGGCGCGGCGACGCGUCCCGCGCGCGCCACCACCGUCGCAGCCGCCCCCGGUCGCGGUCCUCCCAUUCGGCGUAGCUCGUCGCCACGCGCAUGACGUAAAACGUCGUCCGCACGAGCUUGGCGUCGUCGGCGAACGCGCCGAGGUCGCGCGCCACGACGCAGGCGACGCCCGCCUCCUCGCGGACCUCGCGCAGCGCCGUCUCGCGCAGCGUUUCGCCGCGCUCCGCCGUGCCCGCGGGCAGGAUCCAGGCGCCGGGCGUCUUCCGCGAGCUGAUGAGCAGGACCUCGUCGCCGCGCACGACGACGCCGCCCGCGCGGACCUUGUAGCGCCGCGUGACGCGGAGCCGCCAGAAGCGCUGCGCCGCGCGCCAGACGCGCUUCGCCCACCGCCGCGGCUCCCACCACGGCGGCGCCGCGAGCGCGAGCGCGCCAGCCAUCACGCGGUCGCGGCGACGAGGGCUGCUACGGUCCUUCGCGGGCGCAUGGCUGUGCCCAGGCAAGUAGCCUCCGAGGAUCGUGCAGCGAUGAUGGCGUAACUCUUGCAAGUUACGGGCUGCCAAUCCAGCCACCUUUCAAGCUGGACCGAGGGACACGCACACCGAGCCCCCCUCCACGCUUGGCCAAGCUUGGCUAGCCCCGGGCAAAACCCGUCGCCGGGCGCCGGCGCGCCGCAGGCCUGCAGGGUAUAAUAAUAAAGUACCCCUUGCGGCGGGCGCCCGGGCUUGGAGGACUGCGGUAGUUAUUUCGCCGGUACCGCACCGAGGCAUGAUGGCGGCUAUCUAGCGGAGCGCGCGCGCCCGCGGGGCAGCAUGGUGUAGGGCUGCCCAUGGAGUCCAAGUCCAAGGGCGAGGCCGCGCACCUCGACGCCAGCGCGAAGAUCGGCAGAGGUCGCGGCGGGGACAAUGGGUCCGACGACGGCGCCGCCCUCCGCGCGGACGGCGGCUGGCGCUCGGCGGCCGCCGCCGCGCCGGGCCUCGCGAGGCCGCGCGGGACCGCGGGCGCCCCGCCGGGCGCGCCCUCGGCUUGGACGGCGUGGGACAGGCGCGGGGCGUGGCGCCUCGUGCACGCGGGGCGCUUCGACGCGGACGCCGCGGCGCAGCCCAAGGACGCGGGCGGCGGCGCCGCGCCCGCGGCGCGGCCGCGGCCGCCGGAGCCAGACGCCGGCCGCCACCGCGACACGGCGUGGCGCGUCCUGCGGGGCGACGCGGCGCGCGCGGACGGCUCGACGAGCGACUCGGGGUCGGACGGCGCGCGCGCGGUGCCCGUCCCCGCGCCCGAUAGCCUGCCCGGCGAGGACGCCCUGCCAGCGCGCCGCCGAAGGCGCCGGGGCAGCGGCGCCAAACAAGGGGACGACUCCGACUCGGACGGCCGCCCGCGGCGCCCGCGACGGCGUUCAUGAGGAGUCGUGGCCAGUUCGCGGCCAUGGCGUCGCGGGCGUAACUACUUCCCGGGAGGAGGUGCUGUUGAAGUCGUGUUCGACGAUGUGUCGUUCCGCUACGGCCCAACUUAGCCGGGGUCUUCGAUCUGUCGUUCGUCGUCGCCGCGGGCAAGACGGUAGCAUUCGUCGGUCCGUCUGGGUCAGGCAAGAGCACGACGGCGCGGCUGGCGUGCCGCCUCUACGACGUCGCGGGCGGCAGUGUACGCGUCGGCGGCAUAGAUAUCAGAGGAGUCAAGCAAGCGUCGCUGCGCCGGUUGACGGCCGUCGUCGCCCAGGAGACUGUACUCUUUAACGAGAGUGUCGCGUUUAACAUCGGCUACGGCCUCGAGGGCGACGACCGCGAGCGCGUCGUGCAAGCGGCGAAACGCGCCCAGCUCCACGACCGCGUCAUUUCCUGGGAGGACGGCUACGAUACUGUGGUAGGCGAACGAGGCCUCCGUCUGAGCGGCGGCGAGAAGCAUCGGCUCGGCAUAGGGUGGCUUCCGUCGCGGGCGGGGUUGCCAGCACCAGAGUUGGGUUCUGUCGGAACUAAUAAAAUCGAACGCAAAGAACGUGACACGUUCCUUGAACGGUUCUACGAGUUGCACCCUAUCGCGCGUGGUUUGAGCCCCGAAGGUCUUUGCGACGUCCUAAUGAGUGACGACUUACCUCACGAGACUGAGAAUACUAUGUAUAGAUACCUUAUUGCUAUUUCGAGGCUCCGGUUGGGCAUCCUGACCGAGCGGGGAGAAGGCUCUUAG